UCUCUCUUCUUCUGUUAUCUCCACCUCUCUAUAGUUUUUUCCCAAUCGUCUAGUCAUGCCAGCAUCCAAAAGUGCCUCGACGGCCCUUAUUCUGGUCACCGGCAUGCUUAUUAGCGGUGUCUGUAAUACCAUUUUGAAUAAAUAUCAAGACAUGCAGUGUGUAGGCAAUUGCGAUGAUCCCGAUCCUUCCAAACGACGUUACUUUGAACAACCGAUAUGGCAAACAUUAAAUAUGUUUGUGGGUGAAUCGGCUGUAUGGAUCGUCUACGUUUAUCAGUUAUGGCAAAAACGGCGCGAUCGACGAAUGACGGUUCCUUCGGCUGUGAACCAAUUGGAUGCUUCGAGGAUUGUGGAUGAUAUCGAUGAUCAGCUGAAGCAUCAAGCGGGGGAACGACCGGCUUGCGACGGGUGGAAAUCCUUCCUUUUCUGGAUUCCAACUCUGUGCGAUUUGACAGCCACAACGGUGAUGAAUGUGGGGUUAAUUUUGACCUCAGCCAGUGUGUACCAAAUGUUGCGAGGUGCGGUGGUGAUUUUCACGGGGCUUUUCAGCUACUUUUUCUUGAAUCGUCGUUUGCGCCCGUAUGAAUGGUUUUCUUUGGUGCUUGUGGUGGUGGGUGUGGCCAUUGUGGGUCUGUCGUCUGUUUUGUUUCCCCAAAAUGCGCCGGGUCAAUCGAGUGAAGAUACCGGUUUUGAUCCUGCGUCGCUGCUGGGUGUUGUGCUGGUUCUCGGCGCUCAGUUGUUCACGGCUUCGCAAUUCGUCAUUGAAGAAAAGAUCAUGCUUCGUUAUCAGGUCACGCCUCUUCGCGCGGUCGGACUUGAAGGUACAUUUGGCCUCGUGUCCGUUCUGGCUGCCAUGCCCGUUCUACACGUGUUACUUGGAAAACGUCAUCUCUACUUUGACGUUGAACAAGGAUUUCACGACUUUUUUGAUCACCCCGCGGUGUGGCAAACCGGUCUUGCCAUCAGCUUGUCCAUUGCCUUCUUCAACUGGUUCGGUCUAUCCAUCACAAGCACUAUCUCGGCCACCUCACGCAGUACCAUCGAUGCAUGCAGAACAUUGUUUAUUUGGAUGGUUUCGUUGUCCUUGGGUUGGGAACAAUUCUCUUGGAUUCAGGUGAUUGGUUUUAUUGUGAUGGUGACCGGUACCUUUUACUUCAACGGUGUUCUUCGUUGGCCAUUCCAAGACACCGACGCCGAAGACGAAAGAGCCCCGCUGCUUCGUUCGACAAGCAGAAACGAAAAUGAUGUCGAGUAAAAAAGGUCAGCUGCGAAUCAUCCUUCUCGCUCUUUCCUAUUCUUCUGUGAUCGUUUUUUUGCACUAGGCUGUUUUUUUCUUUGAUUUGGGAAUAUUGGUUGUUUUACGGGUUUCUGGUGGAUUGUUUGUUUCUUUGUGAUUUUCAUUUUUGUAUGUGACGACUUAUGUUUCGUCAUCAAGCUAUGAUAAUUGUAAUAAAUGUGAUCCCAAUGUGAAUUGUGUGAUUGUGGA